GCCAAAAUGUUAAAAGUGACAGCAUGAUACGUCUCCACUUGCCUUAUUUUCUGUUAUGAGUUGUAUAUAUUUACUUCCUUAUUUAGAUAGCAGACUUUCCAUACUUAGACAGAUUAAUGACAGCAUGAUACGUCUCCACUUGCCUUAUUUUCUGUUAUGAGUUGUAUAUAUUUACUUCCUUAUUUAGAUAGCAGACUUUCCAUACUUAGACAGAUUUUGUACAUAGUCAUAGUUUCCUUUCUUGUAAAUAGAUUUAAUUCCUGUAAUUUAGCCUUGAUUUCAGCCUUGUAUCUUGCACACUUGUGCCUAUAUAAUGAAAGGAAACCCUCACUCAGGAGGUAUUGAAUCAUCUUGACAUGGUAUCAAGAGCCAGACCUUAAGGAAUAUUUCUGGUUCAUUCUCGUGGGAUAAUUUUUUUUCUGGUUGGAGGCUAGUGUUGACUCUGUCGGCACUUUCUGUGAGUUGUUUGCUUGUGGCUGGGCUGCUAUUAUUUUUUUUCUUGGUGGUGGGUGUCAGUUUUCAUCCCGUCGGCACUGUCUGUGCUGGUUUCUUGCUGUCGUUGUUGCUGGGCUGUGCUAUUUCUUGGAGUUUUGUAGCUGUCGGCAGUUUCUGUGACAGAUUUGGGCUUCUCGGCAGUCUCUGUGUAGCUUUCGGCAGUUUACGUGCAGGAGCUUCUUGGCAUUUCUGUGAGUUUAAUUUUUUUGGUGCUUAGUAGAUACGUGCAGCAGUAUUAUUCUUGGCUGGUUUCCAUUUUAUGAGCAUCAUGUCUUCAGAUUCUUUUACUGUGAAAUUUACGGGUAAAAAUUAUUCUGCUUGGGAAUUUCAAUUUCGCUUAUUUGUUUUGGGGAAAGAUUUAUGGGGUCAUAUUGAUGGUAGUGAUCCCGCUCCUACUGAGCCUCCUAAGUUGGCUCAAUGGACAAUUAAAGAUGCUAGGGUGAUGACAUGGAUUUUAGGCUCUGUUGAUCCCCUUAUUGUUCUCAAUCUAAGGCCUUAUAAGACUGCUCAAUCUAUGUGGGAAUACUUACGGAAAGUAUAUAAUCAGGACAAUACUGCCCGGCGUUUUCAAUUAGAAUAUGAGAUUGCCAGUUACACUCAGGGCGAUCUCUCUAUUCAAGAUUAUUUUUCUGGUUUUAAUACUCUGUGGGGAGAGUUUACUGACAUGAUUUAUGCCAAGGUUCCGGAAGCUUCUCUCUCUGUUGUGCAGGCCGUUCAUGAACAAAGUAAGCGUGAUCAGUUUUUAAUGAAGUUACGACCUGAAUUUGAGGUCACUCGCUCCAAUUUGAUGAACCGUGAUCCUGUGCCCUCUUUGGAUGUUUGUUUUGGGGAGUUACUUCGUGAGGAGCAGCGUCUUGCCACCCAGGCCACUUAUCAGCAUGACAAAAUGAUACCCAAUGCUGUGGCUUACGCUGCUCACGGGAAAGGCAAGGGACGGGACAUGCGGAACGUUCAAUGCUUCAGCUGCAAGGAAUACGGACAUAUUGCUGCCCACUGUGCCAGAAAAUCUUGCAACUACUGUAAGAAGCCGGGCCAUAUUAUUAAAGAUUGUCCUACUCGUCCCCAGAAUCGUCAGGCUAAUGCUUAUCAGGCUACUGUGGGUUCCUCUUCUUCUGCUACUACAGGAGAUUCUUCUACUCUUACUACAGAGAUGGUUCAGCAAAUGAUUAUUUCAGCAUUUUCAGCCUUAGGGCUGCAAGGAUCAGGUGUCGGGCCAGAUACUCGCGAAGGGGCCUAAAGUUGGACGUUUAUUUCCUCUACAUUUUUCUCUUCCUACUGUUAUUUCGUUUGCUUGUCACACUGUGAACAAUAAGUAUGAAGUAUGGCACAAACGGUUGGGUCAUCCUAAUUCCGUUGUUUUAUCUCAUGUAAUAAAUUCUGGUUUGUUGGGCAAUAAAA